UGACCGUUCGUUAGACGUCCACCACCAAUCCAAGGCGCGAACUCAUCUUCGUCUGAAACCCCCCGCUUUCAUGGCGGAGUUCCUUCCCUUGCCACCCCCGAAUCCACCCACAUUCUCCGAUUUCUUUAAGCAGUUUCUAGAAGAUUCUAUCAAGUUCCAGUUUUUUGCAGUAAGCGAAGUAAGGAUGCCUCAUUCUCAGUUUGGUAUAUGCGAGGAGAAACUAGCAAUGAUGAUGACUGGUCCCGGUAAUACUGAUGAAGCAACAGCGACUGCAGUAGCAGCAAUCCAUCUGAGGAUCAGAGUUCGAUCCCAUUUUUGGUCUGCUAGGGCCUCCAAAGACUGCUUGAACGGGAGCAAAGCCGAGCUGCUUGCAAACAUAAAGAUUAUCGAGGACGCUAUGUUCCCUGAUGAUGCGCUUAAAGCAGCAACCCUGCAGGAAUGCAUCAGAUCGUGGGGAGGAGAAGGAUCAUCGAGGCCUGCACUCUGGAAGAGAUCACACAAGAGAGCAGCCAAAAAUGGCGGCGUUGAUCUGAUGAACAGUCUCAUAGAUUGCGUACUCGACAGCAAUGCGUUCUAUGAGAGGCUUCCGACUUUCGUAGAGAUGUAUAAGGAAGAUCUGCACCUAUAGAUCAUUCUCUUUUGCUUUAUAAUUCUUGUUAUUGUAUUUCUUGGGUGAAAGAACAAAAGCAACUUGAGUGUAUUUAUGACAUGAAUGUGAUGUACAUGAGUUUCUGAAUUAAAUGCCACAUUAUUAUUACCUUUCAAUAUACCUGAGAAACCUUCACCCCUCA